UUUUUUUUUUUCUCGUCAAAACGAUAUGACAAAUAAAUUAUUAUUAUUAUUAUUAUUUCUUUUCCUUCUUCCCUUCUUUUGUUCUGCUCAAAACCAUAUGGCAAAUGAUGGCAUUGUAUCUAUUGACAAAACUGGUUUCAAGCGAUAUGGUAAAACUUACUUGAUACGUGGAGCCAAUUAUUGGUAUGGGAUGAAUAUGGGUUCAUUACUUGGAGGAAAUAGGGUACGCUUGGAUACAGAAUUAGAUCAGCUUGUAGCAAUGGGGGUCAACAAUCUACGUAUUAUGGCUGGUAGUGAAGGUCCUGAUGAUCCACAACAGACUUUUCGUAUGCAACCUUCUCUUAUGACAAGUCCAGGAAUAUACAAUGAACAAAUCUUUCAAGGUUUGGAUUACCUUUUGGACGCCAUGGGAAAACGAAAUAUGACAGCUAUAGUGACCUUGAACAAUUUUUGGCAUUGGAGUGGAGGUUUCAGUCAAUACGUAGCAUGGGUUACAAAUACCGUGCCGCCUUAUCCCACGAGAAAUUCAGAUACUUGGGGAGCCUUUACCAAAUAUACUUCACAAUUCUAUAAGGAUGCCAUUAUUAGUAAAUCUUGCACUGAUCUAUUCAAGGCACAUAUUAACACUGUUCAAGAACGAAAGAAUGUGAUGAAUGGCAAAAGAUACAAGGAUGAUCCGGUCAUUAUGGCAUGGCAAAUUGCAAAUGAGCCCCAAUCGGCUCCUGCUUCAUGGUAUGACGAUUUGGCUCAAUUCAUCAAAAAGGGUGCACCACAACAAUUGGUUACCAGUGGUAUUGAAAGCAUGUUGGAUUAUACUGAUUUCACAAAUGCUCAUUCAUCAACAGCUAUUGACUAUUGUACUUGUCACCUAUGGGUUGAAAAUUGGGGUAUAUACAAGGCUGAUGAUCCUAAUGGACUUCAGCGUGCUCUGACAUAUGCAACAAAUUAUAUCGAUACACGGGAGAAAUGGGCAACAAGUAUAGGAAAACCGAUUGUGCUUGAAGAAUUUGGAAUGGCUCGCGAUGCAUGGAAACAACCUAACAAUAUAGAAUAUAAAUAUGAUCCAACCACUACGACCGAACAUAAAGAUAUAUUUUAUAACCAUUUAUUUUCACAAGUGACUCAAAUGGUGAAACAAGGCAAGGCUUUUUCUGGAUCCAACUUUUGGUCUUAUAGUGGUAUUGGCAGACCAACUGAUCCCCCUACAAGUUGGGUUGGUGAUCCACCACAUGAACCUAGAGGAUGGUACUCUGUAUAUGAUCAAGAUACAACAGUCAACGUGAUUCGCAAAUACAAUGAAGAACUGGAAAAACUGAUGGAUGAAUUGGAUUAGCUUAGUUAAAUCUUUUUUUUUUAAUACUGAAAUGAAAUAAAAUGAAAUUCUUCUGCG